AUGGCUGACAUUGCAGCAACCAUAAAGGUUGGUGACAGAUGUGAGGUGGACCCAGGCGGCAAGAGAGGAAGCGUUGCCUUUGUGGGCACUGUAGAUGUUCUUCCUAAUGGAUUCUGGGUGGGAGUGAAGUUCGAUGAGCCUGUGGGGGUCAAUGAUGGAAGUGUGGAGGGUAAGAAGGUCUUUCAUUGUGAGCGCAAUUACGGCUCGUUUCUGCGGCCAGACAAAGUCAAAAUUGGAGAAUACCCUGAAAGAGAUCCGUUUGACGAUGACGAGCCUGAUGAGUUUUAA